AUGUCGUCGGGAGCACCGUCGGGUUCAUCGAUGUCAAGUACGCCUGGAUCACCACCACCACGUGCCGGACCAAAUAGUGUAUCUUUCAAAGACUUAUGCUGUUUGUUCUGCUGCCCGCCAUUCCCAUCAUCGAUUGUCUCGAAAUUGGCAUUUAUGCCUCCUGAAGCCAGUUAUAGUAUUUCUGAAGACAAUAAGUUAGUUCUGAUUGAAGGACGUGCCGCAUGGCCUCAUGAUAACGCAUUCCUCAAUACUUGCAUUGAGAUGCGAGUGGCAAGGACUCGGCGACGUAAUCGCGUCGCAUGCAUAAUGAUUCGGCCUGUUCAAGACGCCCACUUCACAUUGCUCUUUUCCCACGGAAACGCAGUGGACUUGGGGCAGAUGUCCUCCUUUUUAUACGGACUUGGCUUCCAUUUGCAUUGCAAUGUGUUCAGUUACGACUACUCAGGGUAUGGUUGCUCGACCGGGAAGGCAUCGGAGAAAAACCUCUAUGCAGAUAUUGCUGCUGCAUUUGAGGUGUUAAAAACAGAGUUUGGAGUACCUAAAGAGAAAAUCAUUCUAUACGGUCAGUCGAUUGGAACUGUUCCAAGUGUUGAUUUGGCGAGUCGUGAAGACUUGGCUGCUUUGAUUUUACAUUCUCCGUUGAUGUCUGGAAUGCGUGUCGCCUUCCCUGGAACAACUACAACAUGGUGCUGUGACGCUUUCCCUUCCAUUGAGAAAGUACCACGGGUCAAAUGUCCAACACUUGUGAUUCAUGGAACAGAUGACGAAGUCAUUGAUUUCUCACACGGAGUUUCAAUCUAUGAACGGUGUCCUGCGUCUGUCGAGCCACUCUGGGUACCAGGAGCUGGUCACAAUGACGUGGAGUUACAUGCCGCAUAUCUUGAACGUCUUCGGAGUUUUAUCGAUCUCGAAGCUUCCGCUGUCCGUGUUACAGCUCCCAUAACUGUUGCAAUGACAACUAACAAUGCAAACUCUACAGUGUCGAAUGGCACAUCAGCGUAG